AUGAUGCAGUUACAACAUAUUGGAUAUCCUCAAAUACCUCCAGUUGAUCAAUUUGUUCCAAUAGGAGCAGAACCGAUCAAAGAAGCUCCUCCACGUCGUCGAUGGGCCACUUUUCUUGCCAUUGGUCUUCUCGCCCUAGGUUUAUUUCUACUCGCUGCUACCAUUGUUCUAGCAUUGAUUCCUAUCUAUACAUCUAAACAAACUCAACCAGCAACAAUACGCACAUUAACGAGUCCAUUUACUCUACCAAUAAGCAGCAAUACUAUACUCACUGCCAGUACUUUCAAUACAGCUCAACUCGCUUACUUACAAUCCAUUUUCCAACAACGGCUGGAUAGCAAUCGAAAGACUAGUGGUAGUACAAUAACUGUUAACAGUGCAUCGGCGCUGGUUAAAAGCAAACGCCGUAAACGACAAACAGCUGGAUCGAUUACUGGUACUUAUACAAUAACUUACCCUAGCACAAUUCUGGUAACGUCAUUCAAUACUUUAAAUUCUUUUACUCUUAGUAAUGAUCAGUUAACACAACUUCAAAACUUGCAAAGUGGCUGA